CUUCAUCACUACGCACAGGCAACACUUUACCGAGCCGACGUAAGGAACUCCUUUAUCGUUACGCACGAUGCGUAUGUCCAAUCAGCAGUGACGCCUGCAUUCCCAGGAAAGGAGCAGAUGAUAUGGCAGCUUUAUGAGCGACCAGGUGGAACUUGCUUUUGUUAAAUACGGCAACUGGGGAAAACACAUGGCAUCAUUUUAACGCGAAAAAAGCGACGGGAAAGCGGUGUCUACAAUGAUCUAUUUAAUAUUGGUUUCGGCACUUACAGGGGCACUCAUAACGCUGCUGUUACAGUUCCUGUUACUGUACAGGAGGAGCCCCGAGCCAGUGGCCAGGACAGUGCAAUAUGUCAAAGCAGUGCCCGAGCCAGCUCUGCGGGAUUAUUUUAAUAACAAACUUGCCGAAACAGGGCACCAUCAACAGGAUAACACGGUAACCGCGAAACAAGAAGACAGCACCCCUUCCAGACAACAAGACGGUGCUUCUAGUACAAGUAGCAGCAGCAGUAGUCCCAAACAGCAGCAGCAGCCGUCACAGCCACAACCCGAUUUGCUACAUGCAUCUUCCAAAUCAGAGACCUGCAAUUUCCUCAAUGCAAUAUUUUUGUUUUUGUUCCGAGAGCUGCGGGACACCCAUUUGGUCAGACACUGGGUGACAAAAAAGAUCAAGGUGGAAUUCGAAGAGCUGCUGCAGACCAAGACAGCGGGAAGGCUGCUGGAAGGGCUUAGUCUACGGGACUUCUCUUUAGGCAAUUCUCUGCCCGUGUUCAAGACUGCUAAACUUAUCCGACCAGUGUCGUGCAACGAGGAUGGCAUGCCCGAGGAACUCAAUUUCGAGGUGGACCUGGAGUAUAACGGGGGGUUCCACCUGGCUAUUGACGUGGAAAUGGUGUUCGGUAAAUCAGCGUAUUUGUUCGUCAAGAUGACUCGUGUAGUCGGGCGGCUGAGACUGCAGUUCACGCGAAUGCCCUUUUCCCACUGGUCCUUUUCCUUCCUGGAGGACCCCCUCAUCGACUUUGAGGUGAGGUCGCAGUUCGAAGGCAGACCCCUGCCCCAACUUACCUCCAUCAUCGUAAACCAGCUGAAAAGAGUUAUCAAGAGGAAACACACAUUGCCAAAUUACAAAAUCAGAUACAAGCCGUUUUUUCCAUUUCAAGUUCAGCCGACGUCAUUGGAGGCAGUGGAUGUGGACCUGUCCAUACAAGACACAGGGCUUGUGGAGGGACGGCUGAAAGUCACUGUGGUUGAAUGUAGCAGAUUGUUUAUCCUGGGAUCCUAUGAUCGGGAGACGUAUGUGCAUUGCACCGUGGAGCUGAGCAGCAGUGUCUGGAAAGAAAAACCCAGAAGUUCAAUCAAGACGGUUGAAAUCAUCAAGGGAAACUCCCAAAGUGUUGGCCUGACGUUCAGGCAGGUACCGGCCAUUGAAGGGGAUGCUGUGAAUGUCAGUAUUGAGACUGUAGUCCCCAACUCCCCUGCCGCCCUGGCCGACCUUCAGAAAGGAGAUAGACUCAUUGCCAUCGGAGGUGUAAAGGUGACCUCUUCGGUUCAUGUCCUGAAGCUCAUUAAGCAGGCUGGGGAUAAGGUGUUGGUGUAUUACGAGAGGCCAGUGCGUCAUCAGAUCCAGCCAGUGGGGGCGCUGCAGGAAGGGUUCAAUCAGUUGGAAGAGCCCGCUUACCUGACACAGCCCGUGUAUGAGGAAGACUCUGCCAGCAUCAACACCUUAGACAGCAGCGACAGCAAAGAUAUGGACCCCGAGUUGGAAGAGCAGGUGUAUGAAGCGAAGCCACCAAGCAGUGAUAUCAAGGAAGAGUCUCUGCUGACCAUAAACCAAAGCCCCAAAAGGACAGUGGCCAACCUUGCUUCUAAACCCCUAGGAACCAUUUCCCCCAUCCUUAACCGCAAACUGAACCUGGGAGGUCUUCAGGCACCACUGAAGCCACAGCCGAAGAAUGGAACUAAACCUCCCCUCCCAAAAAGCACAGAGUCCCCAGAAGCAACUCAGCAGCAAGGCAAGCCUUCACAUGCUCCUCCGAACAGACCCCCUGUGCCCCCAAGACCUCACAUUAAAUUGACUCUGGCUUCCUCAGAAACACAUUGCCUACUGGAUUCGGGAGAUGCCCCCAUCGAAAAGCCGGAAAGACCGCCUCCACCUUUGAACACCGGGGAGAAAGCAGCCGAGAAGUCACCCGUGAAACCUGUGGAACAAAACGAAGAGCUGGAACCCUCGAAUUCAAACAAAGUGGACUCAAAAGACAAGGUUCCUGAAAGUUCCUGCAGCACUAAGGAUAGUGUGGAGGAUCAAGCGAUGUGGGAAUCCUCUGAAGCAGUUUACCGCAACCGCAUUGCCAGAUGGAAAAAAGCCUCAUCAGUGUUUGAGACAGAGAGUCACCACAAGUACCUUAAUAUAGCACUUUGGUGUAAGGACCCUUUUAAACUUGGUAGUCUCAUCUGCCUCGGAUAUGUAAGUUUGAAACUUGAACACAUCGCCUUGGAAUGUCUUUCUACAUCCUCUAUGGAAUAUCAAACCACUUUCAGGUUAAACACACCAGAACCAAAAGCUAGCAUCAGCAGAACUGCUCUGAGAAAUCUAAGCACUCAUAAGGGAUUUAAUGAAAAACUUUGUUAUGGGGAUGUUGCUGUAAACUUCACCUAUUUGAAAGAGGGGGAAUCAGAGCACUCUAGUGGUUUGAUAGAAAGUGAAAGAGAAUGCAGUGUACAAGAGGAUGCACCGCUGUUUGCGAAAGAAGAAGCUAACCUCCCACCAAUGCUGAUUACAGAAGUAAAGCAUAAUUUCCAAGACACACAGUUUCAAAACCCAACUUGGUGUGAGUACUGCAAGAAGAAAGUUUGGACCAAAGCAGCAUCACAAUGCAUGAUUUGUGCCUAUGUGUGCCAUAAGAAAUGCCAGGAAAAAUGCCUAGCGGAGCACCCUUACUGCAUGGCAGGUGACAAGAGGAUGGACUUGGAAGCAAAGUCAACCCUGAACAAGGCCACUGGGUUAACCAGACAUAUCAUCAACACUAGCUCCCGCUUGUUAAACCUAAGGCAGAUACCCAAGUCUCGCCUUGUGGAGCAGGGGCCUGAGAUAGUCGAACCCUCUCCGAAACACACACCCAACACAUCUGAUAAUGAAAGCAGCGACACAGAGACAUACGUCGCCGGUAGUCCAUCCAAGCGUCUAGCUCCUGCAAGUACAAAACUAGUCAGGAAAGAAGGGGGCUUGGAUGACAGUGUGUUCAUCGCUGUCAAAGAAAUUGGACGAGAUCUUUACCGGGGGUUGCCGACGGACGAGAGGUCCCAGAAGCUGGAACUGAUGUUGGACAAGUUGCAACAAGAGAUCGACCAGGAGCUGGAACACAACAAUUCCCUUGUCCAAGAAGAGAAGGAGACCACCGAUGCCAGGAAAAAGUCUUUGAUUUCUGCAGCCCUGUCCAAAUCCGGAGAAAGACUACAAGCCCUAACCCUUCUCAUGAUCCAUUACCGAGCAGGCAUCGAAGAUCUGGAGUCGAUUGAAAGCACAUCCCCCUCAGAGCAACACAGCGAGAAAGCCAGGGGUUCAGAAGACUCAGUGUCAAACCCGGAAGCAUUUGGCAAUGAGAUUGCCAAUCCGAUGGAAGCUCAGAUACUAGAUGAGGUAUCGGGAGAGCAGAUCUGUGUCGAAGCACUGCCAUGAAGAAGGAGUUGAAGGCAUGUAACGUACAAAAUACUUUUUGUUUUGUCAUGUUUUGUUUUUGUUCCAGCUAGAUAUACAGGUGUACAUUUUUCAAAAAGCAGUAAGACUGCAGAAUGCUUCCCUUUCGAUGGUUUGCUAAGUAUUUAGCUUUCUCAAGAAAGGGCUUGCAUGAAUGGUAAUGGCAUGGAUUGUACUAAAAAUGCUUAGUAAGUUACACAAACCCAAAAAGUUUAUCACUUCAAAUGUACCGAUUUGUUCUGUUUGUUCAAUCAGUGUAUUUUUAAUUCAUCUUGUAACCUCUGUAAAUCUGUGUCUGAGCUUUUUUAUUUAUUGCAGAGCUUUUGAUUGUUAUUCUGUCUUGUAAAAGGGAUUAUAAAAAUGACAUUUUAGUUUGUUACUGGUAGGGUUGAUAUUCACUGAAGCUGUGAGGCCAAUGCAUGUGCAAAAUUAGUGGACUAAAACAACAGUCAUUUUGGGACCAGGGUUGAAAAUGUCAGUUUUUUCUUUGUUUAAUUUGGUUUUAUUUCUUCUUUUUUAUUGUUGUUUCCCUUUGCCAAAAGUGUAUCACUCGAAGUGUAUCACUGGCUUAGACUAUGUCCAUUAUAAUUAUUGAGUAAACCUAUAUGUAUAUCUUGUUGCGUCUUGCUUUAGUAACUUUAUUUGUACGUACAAAAGGAUUUUUGCAAAAUACUGGGGUAGAAUGUAGUACAAAAAUGCCAGACAAUGUUAAUCAUCUAAUUGGUGGCGUUUACAAAUGUGCCUAAUUCUAUAGCUGAGCAAAUUUUUAUAUCUGCUUCUCAAUAGUCUAAUAUAUUUGGUGUUCAAAGCUAAAUGUAGUUUUCUGUUACAUUCUGCAACACAGACUUUUUGCAUCAAUAAUCAAAUACCAGUCUUGAGUACAGCGUCCGAGUGCAAAUUGCUACAAAUGUUUAUGCACUGUUAAUGUCUGCCUCUGUAUUGCUGUUGUAAUUCUAGCAUUUGACAAAGCAAUGUGGUAACAUUUAGGAUUCAUCACUAAAGUAUAAAUAUGGUAAAAUGAUUAAAGUGAAAGUGCAAUUGUAAAUACCUCCAAUUACAUUGAAAGGGACACAAUUAGUUAAAAGGCAAUGAUUGUGUUCAUGCUCUAGGAAUGCUCUAGGAAUGUCUGCUGCUGUAUUGUACCAGUACAAUUCACAAAUGGGCCCCACUCCACAAAAAAAAUGAGUACACUCCACUGAAGUAAACCUGAGCAAUGACGAAGCGCAAGAACGAACAAGGGGAUCAGAGGUUUAGAUUUCUUUGUUGCUCUCCAAGGAUUCAGAGCAAAUCUAUCACCAGUUGGUCUGAAUACUUACAGCUCAACCUAGCAAACAUUAACGGAAUGGAAAUGUAUCCACGUUUUGUGCAAUACAGUGGGUGCGAUAACCUGUAGAUAUAUGGCUGCUAAUUUACCAUUACUAACUGUUAUAUAUUCAAAGAAUGUCUGUUCUUGUCAAGCAAUAUUACUGGUAACUAAUUUGCUUAACUGGGUGUAUUGGAGCUGUAUUCAAAGUGUGUAAGAAAGGCUUAUACAAUGCAGGGUUAGGGUCAUUUUUUUUUCAAUUCCAAUAUAAUAAGAUCUAAAAUGGAAAAUUACCUAUAUGGUAACAAUAUCAGCAUCAGCAAUAUCAGCACAGUCAGCAUGGUUUUAGGAAAGGGAGAUCGUGUCUAACUAACCUGCUUGACUUUUUUGAGGAUGCAACAUUGCAACAUUGACAAUGGAUAAUUGCAAAGCAUACGACAUGGUUUAUUUAGAUUUCCAGAAAACUUUUGACAAAGUCCUGCAUAAAAGAUUAAUUCUCAAACUGAACGUAGUAAAAUGAUCUAAAAUGGAAAAUUACCUAUAUGGUAACAAUAUCCUGGGAGACAGUCAGCAUGGUUUUAGGAAAGGGAGAUUGUGUCUAAUCACUUAACCUCCUUGUGCUCCGUCUUUCGGGUGAGACGUAAUUGUAAGUGACUCUGCAGCUGAUGCAUAGUUCACACACCCUAGUCUCUGUAAGUCGCCUUGGAUAAAGGCGUCUGCUAAAUAAACAAAUAAUAAUAAUAAAUAACCUGCUUGACUUUUUUGAGGAUGCAACAUUGACAAUGGAUAAUUGCAAAGCUUUUGACAAAGUCCCGCAUAAAAGAUUAAUUCUCAAACUGAACGCAGUAGGGAUUCAAGGAAAUGCAUGCACAUGGAUUAGGGAGUGGUUAACAUGUCGAAAACAGAAUGUACUGAUUAGAGGAGAAACCUCAACAUGGAGCGAGGUAACCAGUGGUGUACCACAGGGAUCAGUAUUAGGUCCUCUGCUAUUCCUAAUCUACAUUAAUGAUUUGGAUUCUUGUAUAGUAAGCAAACUUGUUAAAUUUGCAGACGACACAAUAAUAGGACGAGUGGCAAACACUGUUGCAGCAGCAAAGGUCAUUCAAAAUGAUCUAGACAGCAUUCAGAACUGGGCAGACACAUGGCAAAUGACAUUUAAUAGAGAAAAUAAAAUAAAUAUCAAUGGGAGAUACUGAAAUUGAAGAAGGGAACUAUGAAAAAGACCUAGGAGUUUAUGUUGACUCAGAAAUGUCUUCAUCUAGACAAUGUGGGGAAGCUAUAAAAAAGGCCAACAAGAUGCUCGGAUAUAUUGUGAGAAGUGUUGAAUUUAAAUCAAGGGAAGUAAUGUUAAAACUUUACAAUGCAUUAGUAAGACCUCACCUAGAAUAUUGUGUUCAGUUCUGGUCACCUUGUUACAAAAAGGAUAUUGCUGCUCUAGAAAGAAUGCAAAGAAGAGCAAACAGAAUUAUCCCGGGUUUAAAAGGCAUGUCAUAUGCAGACAGGCUAAAAGAAUUGAAUCUGUUCAGUCUUGAACAAAGAAGACUACGCGGCGAUCUGAUUGAAACAUUCAAAAUCCUAAAAGGUAUAGACAAUGUCGACCCAGGGGACUUUUUUGACCUGAAAAAAGAAACAAGGACCAGGGGUCACAAAUGGAGAUUAGAUAAAGGGGCAUUCAGAACAGAAAAUAGGAGGCACUUUUUUACACAGAGAGUUGUGAGGGUCUGGAACCAACUCCCCAGUAAUGUUGUUGAAGCUGACACCCUGGGAUCCUUCAAGAAGCUGCUUGAUGAGAUUCUGUGAUCAAUAAUCUACUAACAACCAAACGAGCAAGAUGGGCUGAAUGGCCUCUCUCGUUUGGAAACUUUCUUAUGUUCUUAUGUUCUUAAUUCCAUUUGAAAAUCAAUUCCCAAUUCCAAUUCCCUUUUAAUAGAUUCCAAAUUGGAAUUGGAAUUGAUUUAAAAAAGGAAUUGGAAUUGAAAAAUAGAAGGGUUCAUGUUUGGUUUCUGCUGCAAAUAUUCUGUGAUCCUUAAACAUAACAGAUGUACUCUGCACUGUUUCUAUUGAUUUAUAAAGGAUAUGUUAACUUUGUCUGGCAUUGCUGCCUUCAGUUUAGCAUUUUGCAAGAAAGAUGUUAUACAAAAUAAUACAAAUCAUGUAAUCAUGCGUUACUGUAAAUAGCUGAAAUAAACAUUAAUCUUAACUGAAAUUGACUUUUUUUUUCCAUAGCUCAAUGGCCUUUUGAGUUGAUUUUCUGUUUUAACAUUUUUCACAAGCUUUCAACUACAGACCUCUACCCUCAUUAAAAAAAAAAUAGGUUAGGUGUGGCCAAGGAUCUUUCCUUUUGGCCCUCCAAUGAAGUGAGAAACUAUACAACUGAAGGAUGGCAGUAAGACCAAGCUUUUAAACGACUGGGGUAAACCAGUAAAGGAAGAGGGGCUGUGAUGACACCUCCAGAAUAGUAGCAAGCCUUUUAAUAAAAAAUAAAAAAAAACAUUUGCUACAUCAUGGUAUUGUAAAAAAUAACUUGACAGCCAUCUCUUCAGCCAAAACAGCCAAUAAUGUUUAGAUCAAUUGGACCCCAAUGUAACCUAAAUGGUGAAAAAAGUAUGAUUUAAUACAAAUUUCAACAAGUUGGAUCAAAAAUAGUAGCAAUAGAGGAAUAUUCCUGUAAAAAUGUAAUUUUCACAUUAAACAAAUUUCCUGAAUCUGUCUGGCCAUGUUAAAACAGCAGAGCCAGAUCUUAUGAAGCAGCCACAGCUUAGACUCGCUUUCACAUACGCUUUCAAUAAAACUUGAGGCAUUUUACUGUGGAGUUUUAAAACCCUUUUGAACAGCAGCUAAUAAUUGUCCAAUCUUUUUGGCUAUAACAGAACCAGAGUUACCAGGGAGCAGAAAAACAAAGCAAAACACUUUAAAAUGAAGUAUCUUAAAAGUACUGUACCAUCUGUACAGCAUACUGGCAUGUCUUGCUGAUGCUGUCAUCUCUCUUGACUGAUCACUGGUUCGGAAGACCAGCAAUUGCUCUCAUUAGCCUUCCUCCCUGGGGCAUUUGUGUAUGUUGGAAGUGUAUUUACUAGAGUGAUAAUACCCGCUGGCCUUAUCACUGACUAUCUUUAGAGUUAUCACAGGUCUUUUGUUAAGAUUUCUAACGAAAUGACUUGUAGUUUAGUACAAGGGUACUGGGGCUUUAUUCCACUGGUUGAAAAGAGGUCAGUAUAUCUUUCGUCUGUAAGUGAGUUUGCCCCAUUCUGCAAGCACUAAAUACAAAAUGUGGCACCAGAUUAAACAUGGAUCCCACUGCAUGGAUAGGCCCAAUACAAAAAAAAUAUUGAAAAGUCACACCGUUUCACCAAGGCCUCAUGAAAUAAAAGGUUUUACAGUCAGUGUUCCCAAACAGCGUGUAGUGUUUAGAACAAACCCAUUACUUACGUAUGUUGUAACAAUGUGUUGUUGUUUUUAAACAGCAGUGUCAUUUUAUAUUAUUUUCAGAAUUACAUUUUAAUUAUUCCAGCACUAUCCAUAUGUGCAGCUGGUUUAAAAAAUAAACUAUAACAUGUUAAAUUAUUUAAUGUGAACACUGCU